UGUCUUACAGGAUAACACAGAAUCCCCAGACAUUCCACACAAUCGGCAUGUUCUGCAGAGAGAGGAAUAGAAUAAUUUCUAGCAGAGCCUGUGUGUACUUUAGGGAAUCCUACAGCCGAGAAAUCAGCCAUGAGAGCAGACAUGAUAGCAGUUCUUCUUAUACACAUGGACCUGAUCAGUGCAAAAAUAAAUAUUCAGCUAAAUCCUGAGUAUCCAAUAGCCAAACAAUCUGUCAUGUUGAGUGUUACUGGGAUUACUGGAAACAUCUGGUUUUUCACCUGGUUUAAAGGACCAGAAGCAACCUCUCAGUAUCAAAUCCUUUCAUAUGUGGAUGGUUCAUCAAUACGCGGGGCACAGUACUUCCCACGUAUCAGUGCUUUUUCUAAUGGAUCAUUAAUGAUUACAAAUCUUCACGUUGAGGAUAAAGGUGAUUACAGAGUGAAGGUACAGACAGCGAUGCAAGAAGAUGCAGAGAUAUUCUUACAAAUAUAUGAUACUGUCAGCAAGCCGGUGAUCACAGCAUCUCAUUCUGAAAUCAAAGAAAAUGAUUUGGUUUCCCUUACAUGUGCCUCAGCCAAUGCUGACGGGAUCACUUGGAUAAAAUCAAGCUCAGAAACAAUAAGUGAAGAAAACGCAAUCACUGUAAAUCAUGAUAAUGGGACGAUCAUAUUCUCUGAAAUUAAACACACCGACGAGGGAAAAUAUACAUGCUGGGCGGACAAUCUAGUCAGCAGAAGCUCCAGUGAAGUCUUUACUCUGACCAUAUCACGUAAAGAAGAUGAACCAGUCAUUUGGCAACAAUAUGGAUUCACCUCUGCAUCACCGUAUAUUACUGCAGUCUCCAAACAUGCAAAUUUUAAUGAACCAGCACCUUACAAAAGUGCAGGAUUUACAGCAGGCAUUAUAUCUGGUUCAAUCCUAGGACUUAUACUAAUUAUUACUGUUGGAUUUCUUCUCUACAAGAGAUAUGGCCUUCAUGGUAGAAAACAGAUGAUGGAACCACCAAUAGAUGGACUACUAGACCCAUAUGCCAUAUACAACAAUAUACUGGAACCACCAACAGGUCUGGAGACAAAAGAUGAACCCUUGUACAUGGGUCCGGAGCCAAACGAUGAACCAUUAUAUAUGUGUCUUCAAUCCAGUUCAGAAGGGACAUACAAUGAAUUGCACAAAUGACUGCAACUCCAAAAAAAUGCAGUCCAUUCACUCUUCUGUCUGGUCAUCUCCCUGGGCC